CACUUCUUCUAUUCAAUAGUAACAUAUUGUCAUCCUGGCAACACACUCAUCCGUGUAUAAUCAUAAUCUAUCAGAUGAAAGCCAAUCUUCCACUUUUCUCAUGAUUUUCUGAUUUCUUUCUUUGUUUUGUUUUUUCUAUUCCGAAUGACGUCAUUGGGCUCGGACGAGGGGGCGUGUACAUGGAGUUUAACGUUACUUUAAGAUCAAACUGCAUGAAUUCUGCUCGAGUUUGGACAAUGAGUUUUUCCCACUUUAGAGGCUUUUAAUGUGAGAUAAGUGGUUUGUGGAUCUACUUCUGUGUGCUGGACCUUAAACCAGAAGCCACCUAAAAUCCUGAGGAUCCAGAUGUGCUUUUAACAAUUUAUUUUUUUAACGUUUUUCCGAGGAAAUGGACCUCAGACCUGCCGUAAUGAAAGUCCUGCUCUUUCUCAUCAUUCUUUUACCUAUGGCAUUGGCAGUCACACACACUCUGCAGUACCACUACACUUUAGUCACACAAGGAAUUCAUUUCCAAGAGUUCACUGCCGUGGCUCUGGUGGAUGCAGAGCGGGUCGCAUAUUACGACAGCAACAUCGGGAAGAUUAUUCCGAAGACAGAGUGGAUCCAGGAGAUUGGUUCAGAUUUUCCAGACUACUGGGACAACCAAUCCAAGCGUAUGCAGAGCGAUCAGGAGAAUCUCAAACAGCUUCUGAAUACAAUCAUCAAAACUUUUAAUCACACUGAAGGAAGUCAUACGCUACAGAGGAUGUACGGCUGUGAGGUCCAUAACGGCGGCAAAACUGCAGGAUACGAUCGGUAUGGUUUUGAUGGAGAAGAUUUUAUUAGUUUAGAUCUAGAAAAUAAAACCUGGACUGCAGCUAACGAUAAAGCGGUGAUCACCAAACACCAGUGGAAGACUGCAGGCACUGAGGCUCAAAUCAGGGAGCGCUAUCUGAAGAACGAGUGUGUCAACUGGCUGAUGAAGUUUGUGUCCUACAGCAAAGUAACUCUGCAGAGGGGAGACGACUAUUUAUCAGGGACAACAUAUGAGUAUAACGAUCUAAUCAUUGCAUGUUAUAAUGUGGGACCGUGGCUUGGGGUCGUCAUUGGUUUAUCUUUAUUCGUCAUCCUCAUAAUCUGUGUUUCCGUUUUUGCCAUUUGGAGGAGAAUUCAAAAAGUGCAGAUCUCACAUCUGUUCCAGCCCCGAGCAGUCCCAAUGCCUCCUCUAAAGCAAACAUGUUGGACUUUUAGCGUCCAGCUGUUUAAGAGGAAAAAAGUGUGUGUAAGGAGAGAGAGAGAGAGAGAGAGAGAGAGAGAGAGAUGGACAGAGAAAUUAUGUAGUCAUUCUGAUAUGACAAAAAUGGGAUUAGUUCUUAUUGGAUUAGAUUAAAGAACAAAACUCUUUUAGUCAAUAUCAUUCAUAUUAUUUUUUUACGAAGUUUUAGUGGUGGUCAAGACCAAUGGUGUGUUUGUGUGUGCAUGUGUGUGUGUAUGCGUGUCUAUUUCACGUCACUUUUUAAGGCAAAUUUCUUAAAAUCUCCUAAAUGUAUAAAAUGUGUCAUAUAAAUAAAGUUUUAUUAUGAUUAUUAUUAUUCAUAUUAUUAAUAAUAACAGUAGCAGUGGUAACAAAGAAGGUUGUUAUGAAGAGAUUUGACCAGUAGAGGGCAGUAGGAUGCUGUGUUUGAUUAUGGAGUAAUGGCGCCUUUACAGUACAUAUACUGUGUAUUUAGACCAGAAACUGUCUAAAUUAUGUGAGAAGCAUUCAAUUCUAAAUAAUAUUUUUUUUUUUCCAUUAGGUGAAUUAUGUGAAACACGCUCAGCUUUAAGACACGGUCUUGCUAAAAGAAUAAAUUCUACUUCAGCUCUCCAAUGUGAAUUGGAGGUUGAAGUGUUUUGUUGAUGUGUAAAUGUGGUGAUAAUCCAAUUUAUGGAGACAUCAUCUAUUUGAAUUUAAAGUCAGUAACAGGUGAUUCCCAAAGAGUUUAAAGUCCACAAGUCUGGAUCAAAAUUGCAAAAUCUAUAUACUAUCAAAAACAGAAACCAAACACCAAACAUCAUAAGUGAGUAUUUAAUGCAAGACAUGAACUCUGAGAUCGUGAAAGUAAAAAUGGAUUUGUUUGAAGGGAAAAUAGAUCAGUUUCAGUCAUGUGAUGCAGAAAUUCGAGUUUAAGGCUGAAAUGUGUACUGAUGCCACAUUGCAUGAACGCAUUGUAAUUAUGAUGAAAAGUUUUUGCUGGUUUGCUGGUUUAAUAAAAUAUGUUUGGAUUAA